AUGUCUUGGGCAGGUCCUGAGGAUAUUUACCUUUCUACUUCACUGGCCAGUUAUCUUGACAAGAAACUUCUUAUACUGCUAAGAGAUGGUAGAAAGCUCAUGGGGACACUUCGCUCUUUUGAUCAAUUUGCUAAUGCUGUUCUUGAGGGUGCCUGUGAGAGGGUUAUUGUUGGUGAUCUAUAUUGUGAUAUCCCUCUGGGGCUUUAUGUCAUCCGUGGAGAGAAUGUUGUUCUAAUUGGUGAGAUGGACUUGGAGAGGGAGGAACUUCCCCCACAUAUGACGCGCGUUCCAACAGAAGAAAUUAGGAGGGCCCAGAAAGUAGAAAGGGAUGCUUCAGAUCUGAAAGGUACUAUGAGAAAAAGAAUGGAGUUCCUUGACUUGGACUAG